CACCAGGGGGGAUCAGAGUUGCUCUGCAGUCAAAAUGAUCUUUAUAUGAUGUGUUAUGUGUUAGCGUUUUAAGUUCUAAAGGUUUUUAUUUUAUUUUUGAUCUGCAAAUAGACGUAGACGUCCAGAUAGAAUAAGGAAAAGAUGGCUGAACCUCGUUUUAAUAAUCCCUACUUCUGGCCCCCACCACCCAACAUGCCUGGCCAGCUGGAUAACCUUGUGUUGAUCAACAAGAUCAAGGAACAGCUGAUGGCUGAGAAGAUCAGACCGCCCCACCUGCCGUCUUCCACAGUUCCCUCCCAACAGCAACUGCUGGGGAAUCCUACACAGACAGAAGGUGGGCAGCAUGUCCAGAUGUCAGUUGAGAAACUGCAGCAGAUGCAACAAGAACUCCAUGCCCACAGCCCGUCCCAUCCAGACAUUGCCCUGCACGCCCGGCCAGCCUCCAGCUCUGUUGCAGGACGUAUUCUUGGUGAUGUAAACUUUAAUCUGGAUGAUAAAACAGCUAUAAAAGCUAGAGGAUUGUGGGAAGACUGGCAUUUGCGUCAAAUCAUAGACCAACCCUCUAGAACGAACCACCUGUCAGGUCUGCCACUUUCCUCUCGAAUGGGCAACCAUAACACCUCAGAGGCCGUCACUCUGACCACACCCACCUCCAAUAGUCUGAGUCGACUAGGCGGAGCCCCCUCACCACAUCAUGUCCUCUCAGGCUUGGCCAGUGGCCCUGGGAUGGAGCAAAUCAAAAGUAACGGAGGCCUUGCUGGACUGCUGGGGCCCCCUCCCAAGAUGGAGGGGCGAGGCCGUAAGAAGAUAAAAGCUGAGAAUGGUGGUGGCUCUCUGUUGGUGGUGCCUUACCCCAUCCUAGCCUCAGGCAACGACCAAUCCUGCCACACCAUCACCCCCAAACAGGGCAAAUGCUACAGGUGUAAAUCGUGCCCGCUGACCUUCUUCUCCAAGUCAGACAUGCAGAUCCACUCCAAGUCCCACACAGAGGCCAAGCCUCACAAGUGUCCUCACUGCUCCAAAUCCUUCGCCAACGCAUCCUACCUGGCCCAGCACCUCCGCAUACACCUGGGCGUCAAACCUUAUCACUGCUCCUACUGCGAGAAAUGCUUCCGCCAGCUCUCCCACCUGCAGCAGCACACCAGGAUUCACACUGGAGAUCGGCCCUAUAAAUGUGCCCAUCCAGGUUGUGAAAAAGCCUUCACUCAGCUCUCCAAUCUGCAGUCUCAUCAGAGACAGCACAACAAAGACAAGCCCUACAAGUGUCCGAACUGCUACCGUGCCUACUCGGACUCUGCCUCACUGCAGAUCCACUUGUCUGCGCAUGCCAUCAAAAACGCCAAGGCCUACUGCUGCAGCAUGUGUGGCAGAGCCUACACCUCAGAGACCUACCUUAUGAAGCACAUGUCCAAACACACGGUGGUGGAACACCUGGUGAGCCAUCACUCUCCACAGAGGACGGAGUCUCCCAGUAUCCCCAUACGGAUCUCCCUCAUCUGAGCACUUCACCCUGACACUCUACCCUGACACCCUACCCUGACACCCUACCCUGACACCCUACCCUGACACCCUACCCUGACACCCUACCCUGACACCCUACCCUGACACCCUA